UCCUCUCUGGACUGACUCCGUUUGCCGAACUCAAAACCUUUUCCGAUGAAAAGCGGACUCUUUCGGCCAGCUGAGGUCUUCUACUUUGCGUGGGUGUGAUCGACAAAGCGAGGAAAGUCUGCGCAAACCUGCGGCGCCGUUUGGAUGAUAGCAGUCCUGACGCACAGCCAGACGCGCAUCCGAGACGCGGACCGGGAGUUCAUGUACUGGAAAAAUGAAGUUCUGUCCCCUCUUUCUGAGGGAAACAAGAUUCUCUCCGAAGGGAUUCCCGCGAAGCAGGUGAUCUCUGCCGAGCCUGCGCCGGGGGCGUCACGCUGCUCCGUGGACCCCGUACACACACCAAUGUCUCAGUCGGACGGAGAGUCGCAGCGGUCCCACAUGGAGCGGGAGGACACGCGCUCGUCCCCCAGCUCCCCCUCCACUCCCUCGGUGUGCUCACCGACAUCCACCGCCAGCUCGGUGCCGUCCACCGGCAAGAACGUGUGCGCCAGCUGCGGUCUGGAGAUCCUGGACCGAUACCUGCUCAAGGUGAACAACUUGAUCUGGCACGUGCGCUGCCUGGAGUGUUCCGUGUGCAGAACGUCGUUACGUCAGCACAACAGCUGCUACAUCAAAAACAAGGAGAUCUUUUGUAAAAUGGAUUAUUUCAGUAGGUUUGGUACCAAGUGUGCUCGCUGUGGGCGCCAGAUUUACGCCAGCGACUGGGUGCGCAGGGCCCGAGGGAACGCAUAUCACCUGGCGUGUUUUGCCUGCUUCUCCUGCAAAAGGCAACUGUCCACCGGAGAGGAGUUUGGCCUGGUGGAGGAGAAGGUUCUCUGCAGGAUCCAUUACGACACCAUGGUGGAGAACCUGAAGAGAGCAGCUGAGAGUGGCAACGGUAUCACUCUUGAAGGGGCGGUUCCAACAGAACAAGACAGUCAACCCAAGCCAGCCAAAAGAGCGCGGACGUCCUUCACUGCAGAACAGCUACAGAUCAUGCAGGCCCAGUUCGCGCAAGACAACAACCCGGAUGCUCAGACGCUACAGAAACUAGCGGACAUGACGGGCCUGAGCCGGAGAGUUAUACAGGUUUGGUUUCAAAACUGCAGAGCAAGACACAAAAAGCACACACCUCAGCACAGUGGGGGUCCUCAGGGUCACCCCCAGGCCAGGAUCCCCUCAUCCAUGCCUGAUGAGCUGCAUUAUUCCCCCUUUGGAAGUCCGGACCGGGCGCGCAUGGUGGCCCUCCACGGGUACAUCGACAGUCAUCCCUUCUCCAUGCUGACCUCACAGAACCUUCCUCAUCAGGCCAUGUCACUGCCUCAGCUCCCGCUCAGCCGCUAGCACCCCGCAGAUGCUCAUCCCUGUGACAUAGAAGUGCGGCUGGGCGCACACAUUUUUCACUUAUAAAAGUACAAACUGGGAAUAAAACAGGAAAGACUACAAUUGUGUCGCGUCUCGCCAGAGGCACGAACUGGUGAAGCGUUUAUUACAAGCAGGAAGUGCGCAGCGGCGCGUCCCGAUCACCCAGAAGGUGUCUCACGUAGGUUUGUUUCCCUGCCAUCCUCUGACUGGCAGACGAAGGGACUUGGAUGAGGACGGAACUGAGCACGUGAGCAGGACUUCAGACUGACGUUGACAUGACGACCCUCGAGCAGGGAUGUAGAGGGAUGAAGUCGACUCGCUCACCUCUACACAUGAAGGAAACCUAACUGUAAAGCUUAAUGUGCAUUGAUCGUUGUUUUUGACUGUGACGCCAUUUGAUUCAUUUCAAUCCCUUUGCUCACAUUCCUACACAACCCAUCAAUCAUUUGGUAUUGGAAGCCCAAUGAUCAAAAUAAAUAUUUACUAUUGUUACCAACAGAGCCUGGGUCAGAUAUGACCUGAAAAACCACAUACGGCCAGUUAAGAGUCUUUUGCAAAUGCGCUCUUCUUUAUGAAGGACAUUUUUAUCUAACAUUUGAAUUGCAGCCCUAAAAACAAUCAACCAAACCCAAUUUUUUUUUAGCUGAAUCAUCCACAUUCCUACAAAAUCCGCUGUGUGACAGUUUACAUUUCCCUCAAACUGGCGUGUCGUCACUUAUUUAUGAUUUCUGUGGUUGCUUGUUGAGCCUCUGCAUGCGUGUGAGUCCGUCACACACGGAGGAGUUUUGGUACAGAAAUGGUCAAUAUGAAACAGAAUGUACAUAGACAUCCUGUGUGAGUGCGUGUGUGUCUGUGCGUGUCGGCCAUUGUGAGAAGAGCAGGAUUCGACAAGACCUCAACGUCGUUGUAUUUAUUGAGAUGGUAAAAAUCCCUGUAAAGCACUUUUUUUGUUCUUCUUAAACUGUUCUGUUUUAAGAAAUAAAAGUUUAUUUGAUAGACUGUG